ACCGUGAGGUUUACCCAAAUAUCCUGAAGUCACAGGAUGCGUCAGCCAGAAAUCCAUGUGCUCCUCUGGCCCGACAGAGAGUGAAUAAAUCCAGGAGCUGUGUGGGUUCAGCGCUGCAGCUCUGCACCUUGGGUUUGAGAGGGGGUUUUUUAGAAGGGGCUUUUCAUCUUCUUCAGAUGCAAAGCCAAAGGGUUGUUACAGAAAAAUAAAGGAACUUCUCUUCAGAGCCAUCGGCAGAAGCAGCACCUCAGAGUGGCUGGACUGGUCAAUUUUUAGUGAAGCACUUACAGGCAACACACGUUCAAGCCCAGUAAAUCAGCAAGCCAUGGAUAAAAAGAAAGCAGCGUUCAAACAGCCUGAAAGAACCAAAACCACCCCAAAGAAAGAGGGGUUUCUGUUUAAUUUAGGAAAACCAUUUCCAGAAGCUGCUGCAGUGCCUCUCCCACCAGAACCAGAAGAUGACCCUGAGCUGUCAGAGAAGCUGUUUGAGAGCAAACCUAACCAUCACCAGGACUUGGAAAAAGAGUUUUUCACAGAAGAGGAUGAGGCUGCAGAACACACCCUGUACAACCAAUAUGAGGAGAAGAUCCGACCCUGCAUUGAUCUUGUUGACAGCCUGAGAGCUCUUGGAAUAGAAAAGGACCUGUCCUUGCCAGCGAUUGCGGUGAUUGGAGACCAGAGCUCUGGGAAAAGUUCUGUCCUCGAAGCCCUGUCUGGUGUUGCUCUCCCCAGGGGCAAUGGUAUUGUCACUCGGUGUCCCUUGGAGCUUAAACUGAAGAGGUUGCCUGAAGGGCAGGCAUGGCAAGGGAAGAUCUCCUACCGAAACGUAACCCUGGAGCUCCAGAACGCCUCUGAGGUGGACAGAGCAAUAAGGCAAGCCCAGGAUGUUGUUGCCGGUCCUAGAGGUGCCAUUAGCGGGCAGUUAAUUUCCCUGGAAGUUCGGUCCCCUGAUGUCCCAGAUCUGACACUAAUUGAUCUUCCUGGAAUUGCCAGGGUGGCCGUGGGGGACCAGCCAAAAGACAUCGGGGACCAGAUCAAAACGCUGCUUAAAAGAAUUAUUGGCUGCAAAGAGACAAUCAAUUUGGUGGUGGUGCCAUGUAACGUGGAUAUUGCAACAACAGAAGCAUUGAAAAUGGCUCAAGAGGUGGACCCCACUGGAGAAAGGACAAUAGGAAUCCUCACAAAACCUGACCUGGUGGACAGGGGAACUGAAGAGUCUAUUGUUAAAAUCCUGCAAAACAGGGUAAUCCCCCUCAAAAAGGGCUACAUGAUUGUGAAGUGCCGUGGGCAGCAGGACAUCCACAACAAACUGACCUUGGCUGCUGCAAUCCAACAGGAGAGAAGCUUCUUUGAGAAUCACAAACAUUUCAGGGCUAUUAUGGAGGAAGGAAAGGCUACUAUCCCCCAUGUGGCAGAGAAGCUCACAGAUGAACUCGUGAAACACAUUAUUAAAACUUUGCCAGGGCUGGAGAGCCAAAUUCGUGACACCCUCCAUAAAACAUUGCAGGAUCUGCACAGGUACAAUAGAGGCACACCCCAGACAGACUCUGAGAAGCUGUUUUUCCUCACAGAUUUGAUCAAACUCUUCAACCAAGACAUCUCCCAGAGCACACGGGGAGAGGAGCAGCUGUUUGGGGAUGAGGUCAGACUGUUCACCAAGAUCCGCAAGGAAUUCCGCGCGUGGGGCGUGAUUCUCCUGGAGUGUGCUGCGAAGGCUAAAAAAACUGUUCCUGGUAAAGUGUGGAAAUAUGAAGACCAGUACCGUGGACGGGAGUUCCCAGGCUUCAGCAACUACAGGACUUUUGAGGACAUUAUAAAAGAGCAGAUCAGAGAACUGGAGGGGCCAGCAAUUGAGAUCCUGAACAACGUGAUGAAACUGGUUGAAGAGAAAUUUGUGGAACUCGCUAAAAGGAAUUUCGGUAAUUUUCACAAUCUAAGCAGAGUUGCCAAGGUGAAAAUUGAAGACAUUAGAGAGAAACAAGCAGCAGAGGCUGAAAGACAUAUCCGGGCCCAGUUUAAAAUGGAGAAAAUCGUGUACUGCCAGGAUGACCUUUACAUUGGUGAUUUAAAUACUGUUAAGGGAGAAAACAUUCUCAACAUGUCCCCAGAGAAAAAUCUGCAGGCUCAGAUUGCUCCAAAGGAGCCCUCUUUUGUCAUGGAGAUGGUUUCUCACACCAGUGCCUAUUUCUCUGAAGCAAGCAAACGCCUGGCCAAUCAGGUACCUCUGAUCAUCCUGUCUUCUGUCCUUCAUGACUUUGGAGAAAACCUGCAGACCUCAAUGCUGCAACUUUUACAAGACAAAGAGAAGUUGACCUUCCUCCUUGAGGAGGACACUGAAGCUGCUAAAACCAGGAAUUACCUCAGCCAAAGAGUUGAUCGUCUCACCAAAGCCUGCCAGUACCUGAGAGAAUUCAGCUUGUUGUAAUUUCUUUGUUUUUUCAUAAGUUUGUUUUUUUUUCUCAUCUUCUAGCAUUACUGAAGGAUUUUGUAUAAUCCCAUAAAAAUGUAGCAUCGACCCAGACCUUUAAUACUAAUUUCUAGUGUUCAGUUUUUCUUUAUUUUCCAUAAUCAUAUGCAAACAGCUGCCUUUGCGUAAAGAGCUCCACUGGGGCAGUUGUGAUUAAAUAAACUUUAUCCCAUUUUUAAACAUUUUCUUUGUGAACUCUGUGCAACCACUGGAAUAAUCAUUAAAAAGCUAACACUCUGAGGAUUGUA